AUGAAGGGUCACAAAUCUGCAUUUUCUGCUGAUCCUUUAGUGCAAAUGGUAUGCUCUCCAUUACGACAAGACUUAUCCUCACAUCAUUUACUUCCUAGAGAAUUAAUGGGAAAGUUUCCUGCCAUUCGCAAUCGUUUAAAUCUUCGGAUGCUUCCUCAUGCUGAUAAAAAGCAUCUUCUUUAUAGCCAUCAUGUGUCAAUCUACUGUAAGCUUUCGAAAUCACAUUUACAACCAGUUUCCAAGAAAAUUUUUAAAAGAUGGAAUAUGGAACUGAAACAAGCUGGAAACCCGUCAACAUUGAACAUUCUUCAAUCCGAGCUGGAGUUUUCUCUUACCCAUCUCAUACCUUCACAAGAAGAACAGAAGAACCAAGGAUGGAUUCAUCAACCAGAUUUUGAUGCUUUUUAUUUACAAUUCCUAAAUACAAAGAGUAUUCCUACUGGAAUUUGGAUUCAAUGGAAGUUUGACGAUUUAACCUCUGAACAAGAGGGAAAAAAAGAGCAAUUGCAAAACCAUAAUCCUCAAAUAUCGUAUUUACCUAUUCAUAGGACCAUUUUAUUAAGCAACUAUAAUGAGAAAUUGGCGCGUUUCUUUCCGGAAUCUACAACUUAUACGUUUCUUCCUACUUCUCCAUCGACAACAAAACUAGGCAUGAUAUUAUGGAAACUUUUGUUCUUACAUGAACAAUGGAGACUUACAUGA